AUGAAGAUCUCUGCUUCUUUUGUUGCUGCGGGCCUCGUCGUCCUGGCCAACGCGAAAGCGAACCCAGACCCAAACCCAAACCCCGAUAACGGCAAUGCGGGCGUGGGAGUAGGCGUGGGUGUGGGUGUGGGUGUGGGAGUCAACCUCGGCGGACUCGGUGGCCUCCUCGGCGGUAUCGUUGGAGGCAUAGGCGGUCUCCUUGGCCUUGGUGGAGGCCACAACGGCGGUGGACACCCAAAGCCGCCAUGCACCACCUCCACGACCAAGAAACCCACUACCACUACCUCGGGCCCAACCUCCACAGCAACCUCCUGCGUCAAUCUCGGCUGCUACGCCGACCCCAUCGGCCUCCCAUCGCGCGUCCUCACCUUCAACUCCCAGAUCAACGAGGGUGCCCAGACCCCCGAGUCCUGCCGCGCCAUCUGCCUAGCCGCCGGUCUCAAGUACGCCGGCCUCGAAUACAGCUUCGAGUGCUGGUGCGGUGAUGUCCUUCACAACGUCUCCCCCCCAGUCAUCGACGCAUCCAAGUGCACCUUCCCCUGCUCUGGCGACUCCUCAAAGACCUGCGGUGGCCAGGAGUAUCUCGAUCUCUGGGACUGCUCUGCCGCCAUCCCCAAGCCGCCGAACGUCAACGGCUGCAAGUCCCUUGGAUGCUACACGGAUUCCACCUCUGGCCGCACGCUGAAAACCUCCGUCGAGGGCGGUGAUGCCAACCAGUCCCACGAGACAUGCACCGCUGCCUGUAUCGCCCUUGGCUUCCGCUUCGCUGGAACAGAGUAUGGUAAGGAGUGCUGGUGUGCGGCUUCCCUUGCUUCAACUGGUGUGCCGGCGCCCGAUGGAAACGAGCAGUGCGAUAUGCCCUGUGCAGGCAACCCAAGCCAGAAGUGCGGAGGCAAGGACCGCAUCAACGUCUAUGACUGCCAGUACCCAACUCCCUCUGGGACCACACCACCAGUGGUGACGGUAGCACCAACUUCGCCCCCUUGCCCGCCGAGGUUGGUGUUUGAUUUCCAUGGUUGCUUUUGGAACAAGAGGAAGGAUAGCUUAGAGUUUUGCUAUGAGUGGUUGAAGGUUAAGCAGAUUGACGCUAUCACGACCACAACGACCAUCAAGAACCGCUGGGUUGCCCGCAGCCUCGGCGACAAAGGCCCCUUGGGCAACUACGGCGGCAGACUCGGUAACUCGCGCUGCAAGACGUACCUGCCCAAGUGGCCGAAGCUCAAGGACUUCCAGGACGACGAGAUCGAGCGCGCUUGCCGUUGCCAUGUCGGACAGUGGUGGCAAGCACCAGUGGUGACGAAGACCGCUUAUCACUGA